AUGCAGGACUACAAGCGAAGCGCUUCCCUGAAAUUCGGGCGGCGGGCGUCGAUGACCAAGUCUCGUGACUUCGAACCCACGGUUUUGGUGAGCGGACCGCUGCAGGGAAACAUGCACAGCGUACCACACUCCGCGGUCUUGGACGCCAUAAAGACCGGCGAGGUACAAAAGACGUCGAUCUUGGGAGCCCUCUCGGAGGAUGAGGAGGGUGAGGAGGACGAGGAGAAUCCUCGAUCCCCAUCCACGGUACGCGAGACCCGUCUCUCGAGGAGAUUGCUCGCGUAUGGGCAGAUGGCGCUGGGUGGAUACUUGGUAACGCAGAUCGUGAUCUCCCUGCUCUUCUUCUCUAGGUCCACCAUCUCGGAGCUGGAGGUCUGGAAGUGGACCGUCCUGCUCCUGACGCUGCUCUCGGGCAGGCUCAUAGGGAGGGUUCUGGUAUACACGAUGAUCUUCUUACUCCAGAUGAUCUUCAAGGACAACGGAAAGAUACUGUAUGUGGCUUACGGCGUGCGAAGGUCCGCCUGGAACGUGAUCUGGUGCCUGCAAGUCCUGUGCGUCUGGACGCUCCUCUUCAACGGGAGGAGGAAGAUCGUGGGCAAGAUACCAGUCAAGGUGAAUCAGAUACUAGUGUGCACUCAGAUCGCCACCCUCGUGAUGGCGGGAAAAGUGAUAUUCAUCAAGAUCCUCGCGAACGCAUUUCAUAGAAAGGCCUACUUCGAGAGGAUCAGGGACGCCAUGUUCGACCACUACGUCAUAGAACGACUCUCCAUACCUGCUUACAUGCUCAAUAGAUCUUCAAGGAUCGAGGUAGACUCAGCGACGACCGGCAUACGCGGCGAACCCCACGAGGAGGUGGGAGUCCUGGCUACGCUCUCUCAGGGGCAACUCGGCGUUCGGACGUUCCAGAGCAUCAUGCGCUUCGUGCGCAGCACCAAGAUCACGACCAUCUCCACGCAGCAGCAGAGGGACGUCCGGAGCGAGGAGCACGGACGGGACGCCGCGAGGGACAUCUUCAAGAAUGUGGUACCAGAGGGGAGACACCAUAUGGUGAUUCAUGACCUGUUCCAUUUUUUGGAGGAGAACGACGCCGAGCGGGCUUUCCAGGCCUUUGAGAGCGAGGAGGGCGUGGUGACGUGCGAAUCGUUCGAAAACUGGCUCAUCAACGUAGUGCGCGAGCGGAAGGCAUUGGCUCUGACGUUGAGCGACACGAAGACUGCGAUAAGAUCCCUCAGCAGGCUGUUGGAUUGGGUGGUGGGAGUUAUCGUCGUCCUUAUGUGCCUCUUCGUGCUCAACGUCAACGUGCAGAAGCUGCUCGUCGUCACGUCGGGAUCCUUCCUGGCCUCCCUAUUCGUCUUUGGCAACACCUGCAAGACCGUAUUCGAGUCCAUAAUCUUCCUCUUUGUUACGCACCCCUUUGACGUUUCGGAUAUCAUCAGGGUGGACGGGCAAACUUACGUGGUGGAAGAGAUGCAGCUGCUGUCCACGAUCCUCCUAGCAGCGGACAACAGCAAGGUAUACUACAGCAACAAUCAACUGGCUCUGAAGGUCAUCAGCAACUACUACAGGUCCCCCGAUCAGAUCGAGCUCAUCGAUCUGGCGCUGGGCUGGGGCACCCCCCAGAAGAAGAUCGAAGAGAUGAGAGCGUGCAUCUUGCGCUUUCUUCAAGCGAACCCAGAGCAAUGGUACCCAAAGGAUGACGCAUUGCAUGAUCUACCACCCCCCUUUCUUUCGCCGCGGGAUAGAACCCCUAGGGCCGAUGCCUCAGACCUUAACACCAGGUCGGGAUAG